UCUUCAUAUAUAUACACAACCUCUCUUAAACCCUUUUUUUUCAUCACAACAACGAAAAAAGCAAGUCAAAUUCCCUUUAACAAUUUCUCAUCUCAUAUUCUUCUAGUUUCUAGUUUUCCCGAGAAAAUAACAAACACUUCUACCCCGCGCUUCUUGGAAUCAUUGUGGUGAUUAUCAUGAUGAUGACGAUGGUUCGUACCGCUGCUGCUGGUGGUGGUGCUAGGGUGGCCAACACUGCUGUGAUUGUUGUAGCUAACCGUUUGUUCUCCACCGCGGGCCGUGGCGGCGUGGCGGCGGCGGCGGCGGCGAGAGGUGUUGGUAAUGAAGUCGGUGUUGGUGGUCCGAACAAGUUAGGGUAUUGGAUUAGAGCAUCAAUGAUUGAUGGAGGAAGGAGCGAGAGCACUAUGGCCUUGUCAUCGGAGAAGGAGAAGAACAAUGAAGAGAAGAAGAAGAUUGGAUCGUCUUCUGAAAGUGUUGGGAACAAAGAGAAUAGUAAUGAUAAGGGUAUUAUUGCGAGUUAUUGGGGUAUCCAUUCAUCUAAGAUUACCAAAGAGGAUGGCACAGAAUGGAAAUGGAACUGCUUCAGGGAGACAUACAAAGCGGAUCUGAACAUUGAUUUGAAGAAGCACCAUGCGCCGGUAACAUUUCUGGACAAGAUGGCUUAUUGGACUGUUAAAUCGCUCAGAUUCCCCACUGAUCUAUUCUUUCAGCGCAGAUAUGGAUGCCGAGCAAUGAUGCUGGAGACAGUGGCAGCUGUUCCUGGCAUGGUGGGAGGGAUGCUCCUUCACUGCAAAUCGCUGCGACGAUUCGAGCACAGUGGUGGCUGGAUCAAAGCUCUGCUGGAAGAAGCAGAGAACGAGCGCAUGCACCUAAUGACCUUCAUGGAAGUGGCCAAGCCAAAGUGGUAUGAGCGUGCUCUGGUGAUAGCAGUUCAAGGUGUUUUCUUCAAUGCCUACUUCUUGGGGUAUUUGGUGUCUCCCAAAUUUGCACACCGCAUGGUUGGGUACCUUGAGGAGGAAGCAAUACACUCCUACACUGAGUUCCUUAAGGAGCUUGACAAGGGCAAUAUAGAGAAUGUGCCAGCACCAGCCAUAGCCAUCGACUAUUGGCAGCUUCCACCUGAUUCUACUCUAAGGGAUGUGGUUAUGGUCGUCAGAGCCGAUGAAGCGCACCACCGUGACGUCAACCACUUUGCGUCGGAUGUACAUUAUCAAGGCCGAGAGUUACGAGAGACUGCUGCUCCAAUUGGUUAUCACUAAGACUCUGAUUUCUUGUCAAAUUUUUUAGUGGAGUGCAGAUUGAGUCAAAUUACAUGGUUAAUGUAAUUUUGGCUAGAAGCCUAGAAUAAAUAAAGCUUCUAGUUUGAUGACAACAUAGUAGUAUUUUUCUCAAGGUUCGUCUAACAAUGUCGAUGUAAAUAAUGUGGAGUCUACUUAUUGUUCUGAGUCAUACAUCUCCUUGUUUGUCUUAAGUCAUAUAUCUGAAUGAUUUGUUAUUCUAUUGGGCACUGUUGAGGGUGCUCAUAGAGUUAUACGAGAUCUCAUAACUAGAGAGCUCCACUACAUUUUGCCUGAUA